AUCCCUCAUUGCCACGCAGCACCGCAGCAGCCCAGCUCCAGUCCCUUCCCCAGUCUCAGUGGGAUCGGUUUGUUCUCUUCUCGUCCUCUUAGAGAAACAGCAGCUACCAAGCCAGCAAACCUUGUGUCUGGUAUUUCCCUACAGAAGCCUUUAUUCGUGUCCUUCUUCUUGCCCCUUUGGCCAGUUCCCAGCAAUCCAAACUUAGGCGUAUGGCUGCAGCCCACCGACAGCUUCUUUGGGGCAGCUCUGUGGCAGCCCCACCCCGAGGAGAGGAUGCCUUUUCCCCACACACAGCUGGUUCUAUGGCCACAUGGGGUCAGGACACGGGGUCAUGGGUCACGUGGGGGUCCUGCAGGGUCACCGAGUUAUAUGCAGUCAGAUGGAGCGGCACAGUUUUUGGUGUCAGGUGGGGUUCUGGGUCACAGCGAUGGGCUCAGAUGGGAUGGUAGGCUCAGAUGGGGUGGCGUGGAGUUAUUCUAGGGUUCUGUGGUCGGGGUGAGGUGGGGGCAGGGAUCCCAGAGUUCUGGGGCCACGUGGCAUCGGGUCGCAGAGUGAUGGGGGCAGGCAGGGUCAGGGAGUCACAGGGUCGUGUGGGGGUAUGGUUCACCCAGGGCUGUGGGUCACGUUUAGCCAUGGGGUCACGCACAUACAGGGUUCUGUGUUCAUCUUGGGUUACGGCUCACUUGGGGUUAUGGCUCAGGGCCCCACCUUUGGGCCACUGGGACCCCCAGUCCCCUCUCAGGAAGAAAUAAAGGCACUCCAACACCGCCCCGCACCCCCCCUUUUUACCCCCAACUUCUCCCCACAUCCCCCCGUUCCCCCUAUGUCCCCAUACCACAGCACACCCCAGUGUCUCACCUGCAGCCCACAUCUUGCCUUCUCCCGAACACCAUUCUGCUCCUGCAGGCUGUGUGCCCAUAUCCUCCCAUGUGCUUAUAUCCCCCUCUCCGCCUUUCACACGCACCCAGAGCCCCAUAGCUCCUCCAGGACCUUCUCAGACCUGGUAAACUUCCCCCACAGCCAACCUGGGACCUCAUAGAGACCCACAGUCCCGAACAACACCCCUUAUCCUUGCACUGGGCUCCCACUGAACCCCCACAUAUCCUCCCUUGGACCUCCCUAACCCCCCUCAGGUCACCCCUGGGAUCUCGCAGGCCCCCACAGUCCCAGACAGGACCCCCAUCACCGUCCCAGGACGUCCAUAGCCCACCUGGGGCCCCUCUUCACCCCCGUAUCCUUCCAGAUCCCAUACAGCAGGAGGGGAAUGCAGAGCUGGCAAUGGUGUAGGGCACAGCUGUGGGUGAAAGUGACUUGGGGGGCACUGGCGAGACGGGUGCAUGGGAACGUGGGAGGAUGUGGGGGUAUGGGCCACAGCCAGCAGGAGCAGAGUGCUGCGCAGGAGAAGGCAACGUGUGAGGUAAAGGUGGGACCUGUGGGUGCGGGGACAUGGGGUGGCAUGGGGACGUAGGGGGUGUGGGGGCAUGUGGGGAGCAGUUUGGGGUCAGAGUGGGGGAUGUGGGGCGGUGUUGGAGUGCAUUUAUGGAUUUCUUCCUGAGAGGGGGUUGGGGUUCCCUGUGGUCCAAAGGUGGAGCCCUGGUCCAUAACCCCACGUGACCCCAUUACCCCAUACAACUCCGCGUGACCCCAGGGCUGCACAUCACCCAUAGCCCUGCGAGUACCAUAUGCCCAGAGGAGGCUCUGGACAGUGAUGGGGCUGUUAUUGGGUCGUUCAGGGGGUACUGUAGGGUGGCUCUGGGUCCGCUGUAGAACAGCACUCUAUAUCUGCCCCUGACCCUCACCUUGCCCACGUCUUCUGGGGCAAGAUGGGGGUCAAGGGAGCUAUGGGGGAGGUCCCACAAUCAGAGCAGGUUCACCACCAGCUCCGUGUGGGGGAUCAUCAGCCCCACCGAGGUGUGGGUGUGUCCCAUAGCUGCCCCACAGCAGCCCCAGAGCCAUCCUAGAGCAGCCCCAGAGCAGCCCCAUCACUGCCCACGGCCCGUGGCCAGCAGCAGUUCCACCAGCAGCAGUGUGUUGGGUAAAGGCAGCUCCCAGGUGUGGCUCUGCCCCAUAGCUGCCCCAAAGUGCCCCUGUAGCCCUCCCAUAGGCAUCCUUUAGCUGCCCCACAACCCGUAGGGCUUCCCCACAUCCCAGCGCAUCCCCCCAAGUGCCUGCGGGGUGUGCGAGAAACGCUCUCCUCCCUGCUGUUCCAUCGGGCGCAGCUCUCGGUGCAGCAGCAAAGCUCCUUCCUGAUUGCUGUGGCGUUACUGCACUCUCCCUCCUCGUGGCGAGGGAGAAAACGCGCAGCUGCUCCGUGAGCUCCUUCUGCUCCUGGAGCUCUCCUCCCGUGGCACUCACUGCUCUCCUGUUCCCCCUUGGCUGGGGACUGCAGGCUCACAGUCUCCGCCACGCAUCCGCUGUGCCGUUUCUCCAGAGGAGCUCUAUGGCCAACCUGUUCCUUUCGGGCUGAUUGUGUGCUUUUCUAUGCAGACAGGCAGGCAGGCAGGAUUUCUUGCAGCUCUCGCACUUGCUGUGUCUCAUGCUCCGUCCUGCAGCUGUGCCUUCUCUCGUUCGUGAUGUGCUCUGCUCAGCAUCUGUCUGCUGAACAACAGCUGUCACAGCUGUCACACUGGCCCUACCUUGUGCUCUCCCUGCAGACGUUAGAACAUUCUCUCUGCCACUCUCCAAAGCGUAACAGCUCAGAUGGUUUCCAGCAGCACACAGCUGGCACACAGAGCCGUGCUGACCACGGCAGGGUGCAGCUUCUUGUUGCAGAGCCCCGUAGUGGUGGGUGAGCGUGCCAAAGGGGGAUCCCACCGCUGCUCUUCUCCAUCCUUCUCUGCUCUUUCUGCACCACCGUGCAUUCCUUCCUGCUCGUGCUGCGCUGCCCUCAGAGUGCUUUGUCCAUUUCUCGCGGUCGUUGCAGCAGCUGUCCAAGUGCUGACGUUGGAGCCAUUUCUUCCCCACCGCGAGAUCCCUUCCGAGACGCACUGUCUCUGCUGCUGCAACAGCCCCAGUCUGGGGUGCCUUUUGGUAAGGAGUUGCGUUGUGCGUUCUGCAGCUGACUUGGAUUUCUUCUCCCACUGUCCCGUGAAGGAGUUGAUUGCUUCCAUCCGUCCCAGCUCCAUUGCUGGGUCAGGUAUCCCUCAUUGCCACGCAGCACCGCAGCAGCCCAGCUCCAGUCCCUUCCCCAGUCUCAGUGGGAUCGGUUUGUUCUCUUCUCGUCCUCUUAGAGAAACAGCAGCUACCAAGCCAGCAAACCUUGUGUCUGGUAUUUCCCUACAGAAGCCUUUAUUCGUGUCCUUCUUCUUGCCCCUUUGGCCAGUUCCCAGCAAUCCAAACUUAGGCGUAUGGCUGCAGCCCACCGACAGCUUCUUUGGGGCAGCUCUGUGGCAGCCCCACCCCGAGGAGAGGAUGCCUUUUCCCCACACACAGCUGGUUCUAUGGCCACAUGGGGUCAGGACACGGGGUCAUGGGUCACGUGGGGGUCCUGCAGGGUCACCGAGUUAUGGGGUUACGUGCAGUCAGCUGGAGCAGCACGGUUUUUGGUGUCAGGUGGGGUUCUGGGUCACAGCGAUGGGGUCAGAUGGGAUGGUAGGCUCAGAUGGGGUGGCGUGGAGUUAUUCUAGGGUUCUGUGGUCGGGGUGAGGUGGGGGCAGGGAUCCCAGAGUUCUGGGGCCACGUGGCAUCGGGUCGCAGAGUGAUGGGGGCAGGCAGGGUCAGGGAGUCACAGGGUCGUGUGGGGGUAUGGUUCACCCAGGGCUGUGGGUCACGUUUAGCCAUGGGGUCACGCACAUACAGGGUUCUGUGUUCAUCUUGGGUUACGGCUCACUUGGGGUUAUGGCUCAGGGCCCCACCUUUGGGCCACUGGGACCCCCAGUCCCCUCUCAGGAAGAAAUAAACGCACUCCAACACCGCCCCGCACCCCCCCUUUUUACCCCCAACUUCUCCCCACAUCCCCCCAUUCCCCCUAUGUUUCCAUACCACAGCACACCCCAGUGUCUCACCUGCAGCCCACAUCUUGCCUUCUCCCGAACAGCAUUCUGCUCCUGCAGGCUGUGAGCCCAUAUCCUCCCAUGUGCUUAUAUCCCCCUCUCCGCCUUUCACACGCACCCAGAGCCCCAUAGCUCCUCCAGGACCUUCUCAGACCCAGCACACUUCCCCCACAGCCAACCUGGGACCUCAUAGAGUCCCGGUGUCCCCAGCAGCACCCCUUAUCCUUGCACUGGGCUCCCACUGAACCCCCACAUAUCCUCCCUUGGACCUCCCUUACCCCCCUCAGGUCACCCCUGGGAUCUCACAGGCCCCCACAGUCCCAGACAGGACCCCCAUCACCGUCCCAGGAUGUCCAUAGCCCACCUGGGGCCCCUCUUCACCCCCGUAUCCUUCCAGAUCCCAUACAGCAGGCGGGGAAUUCAUAGCUGGCAAAGGUGUAGGGCACAGCUGUGGGUGAAAGUGACGUGGGGGGCACUGGGGAGACGGGUGCGUGGGAACGUCGGAGGAUGUGGGGGUAUGGGCCACAGCCUGCAGGAGCAGAGUGCUGCGCAGGAGAAGGUGCAUCCUCCUCCCCCCUUUUUUACCCCAAACUUCUGUUCAAAUCCCUGCAUUGCUUUUCUGUCCCCAUACCACCCCAUACCCCUGUGUCCCACUUCAGCCUACAUCUUUCCUUUUCCUGAACAGUAUUCUGCUCAUGCAGCUUGUGUCAUAUCCUGCCCAUAUCCUUAUAUCCCCCAUCGCUUCCCACAGAGCCUUGUAACCCUUCCAGAACCUCCUCAGACCAGGUACAUCUCCCCCACAGCCAUCCUGGCACCUCACAGAGCCCCACAGUCUCCAACAGCACUCCUUAUUUUUGCAUUGGCCUCCCACCGAACCCCCAUAUUUCCUCCCUCAGACUUCCCUUACCAAUUCCACCCCUCCCUGGGCUUUCUGACUCCCACAGUCCCUGACAGGGCCCCCAUCACCGUCCCACGACCCCCAUAGCCCACCUGGGGCUCUGGUGCUUAACCCGGCAUCCUCAGCUGCAGCCCUGCAGAUCAGGACAGGCGCAGAUCCCAGGGCUGUGGGCACUGCUCUACACGUCCCCACCCAUCCCACGAAUUGCACCCGGUGCUGUCUGGGAAAGUCUUUUCUUGGCUCCUGGCACAUCUUCCAUCUCCAGAGCACACCAGGAGUGUCCCUCUGACUGUGGCUCCGGGUUAACCCCGCAGCAUCCAAACGAGGAAUCCCGCAGCAAUCCACAUCUCAGGAUGGGGCUCCAGCUGUGCCCAAAUGCGUUCAUUAAAGAGAGGAGAAUGAAUGAGCGUAGCGGGGCAUCUUUCCUCCUGACAUUUCCCACCACCUGCGUGUCGGCUGUGCCAUGCGAGCGGCAUUUUGUCCUAGAGCUGUGAGUGCAGGUAUGUGUGCAUA